GGCGGCAAGAGGCAGCGCUUGGGGCAGCGGAGCCUCCACACCGGCAUCGGGACGUAUAGGACUGGAGGGAGGACUGACAUUCCAGAAAAUACUGGGGGGCAAGCUGGACACUUGGCUGCUAGGAUCAAGCGUCCUGUCUGGGUGCAAGAUGACAGGGGUUCUGCUGCUGCUGUUAGCUCUGCCAGGGGCACUGGGGGCAUAUACUGGGAAUGGAACCACACAGCACAGCUGUACUCCAGGCUUUUCUGAAGCAGGUUACACAGCUCUUGUAUCGCCAAGCAUCAAAGAGGGGCAAAAACUGCUGAAAGUAAAAUUUAAUGGGUGCACUACAGGAACACGGGGAAUAUGGUAUGAAACCAGCAAUCCAGAUUUCAAAGUGGGAACAGAUGGAUGUUACACAGCCCGCAAGGUUCAGAUCCCUUCCAAACAAGCUAUUUGUAGUGGCAGCCUGGACCACCAAACUCCAGAGAAAUGGGAAGCUGCUAUCCGACUGCUAGUAGAAGACCAGCCAUUCAACUCCCAUCAACAGCAGCAAGUCAAACGGGACCGUCCAUCCGAGUAUCCUCCGACCCAGAGUAGUACUCUGUUACCAUGGCGACAACAUCGUGAUGCUAAUGGUCUGAGAAGACAGAAGAGAGACUGGGUGAUUCCUCCAGUCAAUGUACCAGAGAAUUCGAGGGGGCCAUUUCCUGAACAGCUGGUGCGAAUCCGCUCAGACAAGGACAGAGACAGUAUGAUUCGUUACAGCAUUACUGGUGUCGGUGCUGAUCAGCCGCCAAUGGAAAUCUUUACCAUAGAUCCCAUCAAAGGUCGUUUGCAUGUAACAAGACCACUGGACAGAGAAGAGAGAUCUUCAUAUCAUCUCAGGGCUCAUGCUGUGGAUAUGAAUGGGAACAAAGUGGAGAAUCCCAUUGACCUGUCAAUCUAUGUUAUCGACAUGAAUGACAACCGGCCAGAAUUCUCCAGCCCAGUGUUCAAUGGCUCUGUGGAUGAAGCUUCAAAACCAGGCACCUAUGUGAUGACGGUGACCGCACACGAUGCAGAUGACAUCACCACAUCAAACGGAAUUGUAAUGUAUCGGAUCAUGACGCAGAGUCCGCAGAGCCCAUCCCAGGACAUGUUUGUGAUUCACAGCGAGACAGGAGCCAUUAAUACAGUGGCUGCAGGUCUGGAUCGAGAAAAAGUCCAGCAGUACACCGUGGUAAUCCAAGCCACAGACAUGGAAGGCAACUUAAAUCAUGGAUUAUCAAACACAGCCACCGCUAUCAUAACUGUUAAAGAUGUCAACGACAAUCCGCCUGAGUUCACCUUAAAAAUGUUCACUGGUGAGAUACCGGAAAACAGAAUUGAUGUCAUUGUGACCAAUCUCACAGUGGUGGAUCGAGACCAACCAUACACUCCCAACUGGAAUGCCAUUUAUAAGAUCAUCAGUGGCGAUCCAGCCGGUCACUUCACUGUGAAAACAGACCCAGCCACCAAUGAAGGCAUUGUCACUGUGGUAAAGCCGGUGGAUUAUGAAAUGAACAAGGCCUUUUUAUUAAACGUUAUGGUGACUAAUCAAGCACCUUUGGCCAGCGGCAUCCAGAUGUCCCUACAGUCCACCUCUGCAGUGACCAUUUCCAUCAUGGAUGUAAAUGAAGCCCCCUAUUUUCCAAACAGAAAUGACCCCAUCAGGCAGCUGGAGGGGGACCCUGCAGGCCGACUGCUGACUACAUUCUCUGCUGUGGACCCAGAUCGCUCACUGCAACAAGCCCUGAGAUACACCAAACUGCACGACCCUGCAAACUGGCUCACAAUCAAUACCACCAAUGGGCAGGUCUUUACCACAGCCGUUUUGGAUCGAGAAUCCCCCUUCGUUAAAGACGAUAUCUAUGAGGCCAAAUUCCUGGCCACUGACAAUGGAGUCCCCCCUGCUAGCGGUACUGGCACAUUGCAGAUACAGCUCAUUGAUAUUAAUGACAACGCCCCUGAGCUGCUCCCUAAAGAGGCCCAGAUCUGCGAAAGGCUCAACUCCAAUGGUAUAAACAUCACUGCUACAGAUGUGGAUCGCAAGCCCAGUGGGGACCCCUUUGUGUUUGAGCUUCCCACUUUUCCAUCCACCAUUAGGAGGAACUGGACUAUUGCCAGGAUAAACGGUAACUACGCACGUCUCAGUCUGCAGAUUGGUUAUUUGGAAUCAGGAGUGUAUGAGGUCCCUGUCAUUGUGACAGACUCUGGGAACCCUCCCUUAUAUAACACGUCCAUUAUCAGGGUGAAGGUCUGUCCCUGCGACGAGAAUGGAGACUGUACGACCAUCGGAGCCGUGGCGGCAGCCAGACUGGGCACAGGAGCAAUUAUUGCCAUACUCAUCUGUAUUAUUAUCUUACUAUCUAUGGUUCUCCUGUUUGUCAUGUGGAUGAAGCGCAGAGAAAAGGAAAGACAUACAAAACAGCUGCUGAUUGAUCCGGAGGACGAUGUCAGAGACAACAUACUGAAGUAUGACGAGGAGGGAGGUGGUGAGGAGGACCAGGACUAUGACUUAAGUCAGUUGCAGCAGCCUGAGACGCUCGAUCACGUCUUGAACAAGGUGGCAGGUGUCAGACGGGUGGACGAGAGGCCUGUAGGCGCUGAGCCACAAUACCCAAUAAGACCUGUAAUCCCACACCCAGGUGAUAUUGGAGAUUUCAUCACUGAGGGACUGCGAGCAGCAGACAAUGAUCCGACAGCUCCACCUUAUGACUCUCUCCUGGUUUUCGACUAUGAAGGCAGCGGCUCCACCGCCGGCUCUGUUAGUUCUCUCAAUUCCUCUAGCUCUGAGGAUCAGGACUUUGAGUACUUGAAUGACUGGGGCCCUCGUUUCAAAAAACUGGCUGAUUUGUACGGUGGUGGAGAGGAGGAUUGACGGGACAUCUGCAUCUUAUCAGAACACAACCUCCUCAGUUGUACAGUGGCAGCUUUCAUUUUUUUAUUAUUAAACUCCCGACUCCCAUUCCCCUUCCUGACUGCAUUCUUUUUAGUCCUAAAUUAGGCAAACUUUCUUUCUCGGCUUCAUUCCAGUUCAGCUUGGCAGAUGUGUAAAGCAAAAUACCUUUUAUCUUCAUUUUUAUAUUUCACUCUGCACCAAUUAAAAAGGAUUUCAUUUGCCUUCUGGUAUGCCAUAGAUACAACAUUUUGGAAAGCUGGCAGUCAUAGUGUAACAUAGGAAGAUGCAUGGGAUUAGUCAGUGUGGUUAGGACGUGUCCUGUGGCACAUAUGAUGCUAGUGAACUGGGGAGCUGCCCCGUAUUAAGUGAUACGUUACAUUCUGGUCAGAUCUGAAAUCUGAAAAUGAUCAUGAAGGGCAAAUAAUGAAUACUGCUUUCCUGCUGGCUUUAACAGAAAUGUCCCCAUUCCAGGUCAUCAGCUGGGAAGAAGUUUUUCCCCGACUGG